AUGGCAUCUCCACAAGGAGGUUACCCUCCCCAGGAAGGGUACGGUCAAACGCCCGCUGGUUAUGGAGCCCCGGUUGAGCAACCCGGAGAAGCUCCCCCGCCUCCUCCGCAGGGCUACGCUGGUGGGAAGAAGAAGCGAGCUUAUGCUGGCGAGGCUUUUGAAUUUGGAUCUGGUGCCAAUGCUGCCCUUGGGGGGCAACCGCCAGCGGGCGGUAGCUACGGAGCGUACCCUCCACAGCCACAACAGCCUGCGUACGGAGCGGAUCCAUCCCAGCUCGCUCAAGGAUAUGCUCCGCCAGCUGCCCCAGGCGUCGCACAAAUGACCCAGCAGUUCGGUGCUAUGGGCGUGACCGACCCUCACCUUAUGCCUCCCCAAGCCGCCCCUCAAGCUCCGCAAGCCCCACGAGCAGUUCCCCUCAACCAGCUGUACCCAACAGAUCUGCUCACUCAGCCAUUCAAUGUUGCGGAACUAGACUAUCCUCCACCCCCAAUCGUCUUGCCCCCUGCGACGAGCGUUUAUCCGUCACCAUAUGCUAACUGCCCAUCCAAAUAUGUGCGGUCGACGUUGAAUGCCGUUCCAACAACCCACUCGCUCUUGAAGAAGUCGAAACUUCCAUUCGCUCUCGUGAUCCAGCCCUAUGCUGCCCUCCAUGAUGCAGAAGAUCCCGUCCCCGUCAUCCCGGACCAAGUCAUCUCGCGUUGCCGACGGUGUCGAUCCUAUAUCAACCCCUUUGUGACAUUCCUCGACCAUGGGCACCGCUGGCGCUGCAACAUGUGUAACCUGACAAACGACGUACCUCAGGCCUUUGACUGGGAUACCACUCUUCAAAAGCCGGCGGACCGGGCAUUGAGGCCUGACCUCAACCACGCGGUGGUGGAAUUCGUCGCUCCUCAGGAAUACAUGGUGCGGCCUCCGCAGCCGCUGGUCUACCUUUUUCUUAUCGACGUGAGCUAUGCGUCCGUCACUAAUGGCCUCCUGGCCACGAGUGCUCGAUGCAUCAAGGAAAGCCUGGACCGAAUCCCAAAUGCAGACCGGCGAACAAGACUUGGCUUCAUUGCCGUCGACUCGAGUCUUCAUUACUUCAGCAUUCCUCGAGAUGGCUCAGAAGUUUCUGAUCCUCGAAUGCUGGUUGUCAGCGAUCUCGACGAACCUUUCCUUCCAAUUCCCGGAGACCUUCUGGUGACUCUGAGCGAGUGCCGCGAAAAUAUCGAGGUAUUCCUUGAUAAGCUUCAGGAAAUGUUCCAGAAUACCCAGAACAAUGGCUGUGCAAUGGGCUCUGCUUUGCGUGCUGGAUAUAAGCUGAUCUCCCACGUCGGAGGAAAGAUGUCUGUCCUUACCUCGUCUCUGCCCAAUGUCGGCCAUGGUACCUUGAGUAUGAGAGAAGACAAGAAGGUUUUGGGAACAAGCAAGGAAAACGCACUUCUUCAGACUGCAAACAGCUUCUACAAGAGCUUUGCCGUCGAGUGCUCCAAAGCACAAGUGUCAGUGGACAUGUUCCUGUUCUCAUCUCAGUAUCAAGAUGUGGCCUCCCUCAGUAACCUGCCAAGGUAUACUGGUGGUCAAACAUACUUCUACCCCGGAUGGAAUGCUGCUCGUGGUGAGGAUGCAAUCAAAUUUGCGCGUGAGUUCUCGGAUUACCUGUCGUCAGAGAUUGGUCUCGAGGCUGUGCUCCGCGUCCGUGCUACCACUGGUUUGCGCAUGAGCACAUUCUACGGCAACUUCUUCAACCGUAGCUCCGACCUUUGCGCAUUCCCAGCUUUCCCACGCGAUCAGGCAUAUGUUGUUGAGGUCGCUAUCGACGAGACUGUCACCAAACCCGUUGUCUGUCUGCAGACUGCGGUUCUUCACACAACCUGUAACGGCGAGCGCAGGAUUCGUGUUUUGACCCUGGCGUUGCCAACCACCCAGAACCUUGCAGAUAUCUAUGCUUCAGCAGACCAACAAGCCAUUGCUACUUAUUUCAGCCACAAGGCCGUCGAACGGACUCUUGGGAGCGGUCUCGAGCAAGCCCGAGAAGCUCUCCAGGCCAAGGCCGUGGAAUUACUUUCGACGUACCGAAAAGAGCUAGCAGGUGGAAGCGUUGGUGGUGGUGGCCUCCAGUUCCCUGCUAAUCUCAGGGGCCUGCCUGUCCUUUUUCUUGCACUGAUUAAGAAUCUUGGUCUACGAAAAUCCGCGCAAAUACCGACCGAUAUGAGGUCUGCCGCCCUCUGCCUACUCUCCACCCUCCCUCUGCCCCUUCUCAUCCAAUACAUCUACCCGAAGAUGUAUUCUCUUCACGAUAUGCCCGACACCGCCGGUUUGCCGGAUGAACAAACUGGCGAGAUCGUCCUACCUCCUACUAUCAACUUGUCAUCCGAGCGGAUAGUUCCUUAUGGCCUUUACCUUAUUGAUGAUGGCCAGACCCAGUUCUUGUGGGUUGGUCGUGACGCAGUGCCGCAGCUUGUCCUUGAUGUCUUCGGUCUAGCCGAUAAGUCGCAGCUCCGUGUUGGCAAGCAAAAUCUCCCCGAGCUUGAUAACGAUUUCAACGGGCGUGUUCGGGCAGUUAUUGAGAAGAGCCGGGAUCAUAGAUCAAAGGGAGCUGGCAGUAUUGUGGUGCCACACCUGUAUGUGGUCAAGGAAGACGGGGAGCCUGGACUCCGUCUGUGGGCACAGACGAUGCUGGUUGAAGACAGAGCGGACCAGGGCAUGAGUCUCGUGCAAUGGAUGGGCUCACUACGGGAAAAGGUCGUCCAGUAA